AUGGAUUUCAUUUUAAAAUUAAACAAAGAUGAGCAUAACACAUUUAAAGCAAAGAGGACUGGUGAAACACAAAGUUUAGAUGUAACCGACGAAAUGAUAGCAGCACAAGCGUAUACUUUUUAUGCACUAGGUUAUAAAGCCAUUACCACAACUUUAGGUUUCCUGCUGUACCAGCUAGCUCUGAAUCCAGUCAUCCAAGAUAACGUGGUAGCAGAAAUAAAAGAAAUGCUAGAAAAACAUAACGAAGAAAUUACUCUGCAAGGUAUUUUAGAUCUAUCUUACAUGGGAAAAGUUCUCGACGAGACUUUAAGAAUGUAUCCAGUAGUUCCCGAUUUGAGGAGGGAAUCUACCAAGAUUUACAAGAUACCAAAUACAAAUUUAACAAUAGAAAAGGAUCAGUGUAUUAGGAUUUCAGUGCUUGGUAUUCAUUAUGAUGAAAAAAUCUAUCCGAGGCCGGAAGUGUUUGACCCUGAAAGGUUCUCUCCUGAAAAUGUGGAGGCUAGACACGAGUGCUCAUAUUUGCCUUUUGGACUUGGUCCUGGACAUUGCAUUGCUAAGAACUUCGCACAAGUGGUAUCACGGGUGUGUCUAGUGAAGCUCCUGUCCCAGUUCCGAGUAGAACCCUCGAAGAAUAUGCCUCGGCAAGUCGAGUACGAUCCGACAUGCACUGUGCUGUACCCUAAGGGCAGCUUCUCUAUUAAUUUCGUGAAGAGGGAAGCUUUCUGCUAG